AUGUCAGGUGGGGUUGGUCCAACCUGCAGUGACAUCAGCCUCCCCAAAGAACAAGAGCAUGAAUUCAAAGAACACAACGACGAAACCUCCUCAAAACUCAGCUCCCACCAAAAGUCCCCAACUUCACACUCCACCGCCACCGCCUCUCCGCGCAAAGCCGGUGGCGGUCUGUUCUCCUUCCGGCAGCUCAACGCCCUCGCCGUCGUCGUCGUCCUCUCCGCCAGCGGCAUGGUAAGCCCCCAAGACUUCGCCUUCGUCGUCUUCUCCGUGAUCUACAUGCACUUCAUCUCCAAAGUUGCUUUCCCCAUCCUCGGUUCCUCCAGAGACCCCACGGUUUUCAACCCCCAAAACAAAGUCCUCCGCCUCUACGUCCUAACCGGCGCUAUCAUCGGCCUCCUGCUCCCCAUUGCCUACAUUUUGGAGGGAAUUUUCGAAGGCGAUAAACAAGGCAUCAGCGCCGCUUCCCCGCACGUUUUUCUCCUUGCCAGUCAGGUGUUCAUGGAAGGAAUGGCUUUUGCCGACCGGUUUUCGACUCCCAUACGUGUUUUCGUGCCGGUUUUCUACAAUUCCAGGCGGAUUUUCACCAUUGUGGAGUGGCUGAAGAGCGAGUUUUCUAAGGAGCAUGAGGAGUACGGUGGAUCUGCAAAAAGAUUGUAUGUGGGGAGAGGGCUUGCUAUUGCUAAUAUGGCGUUUUGGUGCUUCAAUUUAUUUGGGUUCUUGCUGCCUGUCUAUCUUCCUAGGGCUUUCAAGAAGUACUACUCCGCCCAUAAACUGAAAGAUUAUUGA